GGGGCUGCCCGGCACCGGGAUCCCUCGGGAAUCACCUGGAGUGUCACAUCAUCCGUCCGUGACUUGGGGCUGUCCCCUGUUUGGAGGGGUUACACACUCGUGUGUGUUUGGGGGUGCAGGCUGAAAGUGCCUGAGAUUAUUCAGAAGUGAAUCAAAUCCAUCACCGCCCUCCCUGCAAGAACUUGGAACUGCUGCUAGUUAUAAUGUUUAAUGAGAACAAAGUGAUACCCAGCAGAUUUUCGGGGGAAAAUGGAAUGAUGUGGAUGAGAAACAGUCAAGAGAGAAAUGCUCUCACUGUAGGACAGGCAGGACCCCAAGGAGAUGAACUGAGGGGGGACAGGUACCCCACUAACUGUGCUGCCCUGAUGGGGAGCGCUGGAGGUUUUGGGGCACUUGGGUCAGGGAUUUUGGGAAGCUCCCAGCACUGGGCACUUCUGGGGACUGGGAUGUGCCAUUGGAGCAGGGAAGCAGUCCUGGCACACAACUCCCAAACUUUCCAGCCCAGGUUAAGCCUUCGAUGCCUGAUCCCUUCCUUUUUUCAGCUACGCCACUUCUCGCAAGGGGGAGUGGUGAAUAAUAAAGGUGGGAUGUUAAAUUCAGUUCUGGGCUCUGGUGGGGAUCCAGCGUCCUGCACUUCACCCCCUGCCUGUCUCCUGUGGCUGUUUUGGGAUCUGUCACAUGGGCUCUUGCUGCUGUACCCAUGUCCCACAGACAGGGGAUCUCUGUGCUGGCCCGGGGUCCUUCCCUCCCUGGUUCACUGGGAUUGCUUAGGAAGGAACGCUGGUGAGGUCCCGAGCUGGAAUGUUCUGGGUCAGAAGUGGAAAAGCCAAACUUUGCCUUUAAACGGGAGCAGGUCUGCCGGGAGGAGUGUCUGCCCCUGUCCCAGCUCUGCUUUUGGGUCUCUGCAAAGGAUGGCUGAUACUGGCAAACUGGGAUCCUCUGCUCGGGCUGGGAGGGGCAGGGGCAGUGCUCGUGCCCCUGGAAGCCCCGAGCCCAAAAUUAGGGUUGCCAGCAAUUGAAAAUGGAUGUAGAGAUGGGGAUUCCCUCUUCCUGCCUUCCUGCACUCUCCUGGUCCCCAAGCUGGUGACUUUGAGGGCAAAGCCACUCAGUGGGGAUGGCAGAGCUGGGCAGCAGCACCCACCCCCCUGCCCUGCCAUGGUCCAGCUGCCAGGCUGGCUCUCCUGUGUGCUGCUGAGCAGGACUGGGGCAAGGUGGUGCCCAGAAGUGGCUGCUGGGCAGAGGGAGUGCAGGAACACGGCACCAGUGAGUGCCAGGCUCUGUGGAUGCAGCUGUGGUUCCAGGGAUGCAGUGAGGGGUGUGAGACAAGGCAAAGGCACAGCUGCACGGUGGCAAGGAGGGGACAGUGCCACAGGUGCAGCACCUCUCAGGAGAGAAGUUCAAAGUUGGGCUCCUCCGUGGUGGGGGUGUUUGUGUGGUGGGAGUUGAUUUGGAAUUAAUUUGGAAGCAGAAGGCAAUAGAGAGACUGAGCAGCUUGGGAUGGGAAUGAUGAGCUUUUGAGGACACACCAGGAUGUCCCCAUGUCCUGCAGAGGGUGGGUGUCCAGCAUGGCCCUGGGCACAGCCUGGUUGGCCUGCAGUUCCACCAGGCUGGGCCUGGCACUGCACUCAGGCUGCAAUGGCUGCUGACCAUCUGGACUGGCUGAUGUCAGGCAUAAAAAUGGCCUUUCUGUCACUCCUGCAGAGAUGGCACCAGGUACCCACACUCCAGGGGACCUGCCCUUUCGCUUCUCCCGGCCAAGCCUCCCUCAGGAUCCCUGGGGGCUCAGCCCACACGCUGCUAACCUGGAGGGUUCAGGGAUGGAAGGUGCCAAGCUGGAAUAGAGCAAAGAGCAAAGCUGCUCCUCUGUCACAGCCUGUGGAGGGAGAGCAGACACAGUCCCAGCCUAGCCUCAGUUUCCCUGCUGCUCCAAGUAACCUUGACCCAGAUCCUCAAGAAUCCUGGAUUGUGCCCUCCUGCUUUGCAAGGAUUUGACGCUUCCUGACCUCAUGUCCCUUUCCAGAGGCAGAUGGAGGGAGAGGAGACUGCACUGAGAGGCUCCCUGGGAGAACUCUGGUGCCUCCAGCCCCUGCAAUCCCCUCCCCAGAGAAAAGGACAGGGCAGGAACCCUCCUGUUUCCAAAUGCAUCUUGUGCAACAGUGAGACAUGGAAUUCAUCUCCUGCCUGGCUGAAUGGGGACCCCCAUGGGGGCACUGCUGGGCUCUAUCAGAAAUUGGGGUGUGUGUGCAGUACCCUGGGCUGGUCCAGGUCACCUCAGGCUCUCAGUUUUGGUGUCCCUGCUGGGGUUUUUUGUCUUUUCCUCCAGCAGCUAUUGCAGUACAUAGCAAUGCUGGAGAAAAAUCCUCCCUGAAUCAGCUGUGCUGGUGGUGACCUGUAGGACCCAAGGCUGUCCACAGGCAGUUCCUGCAUGCCCAGCAGUGUCUGCCUGGCCAGGCUGUGCUCUCAGACACAGUGUCGAGGUGAAAGGCUCCGUCAUCCCCAAUCCCUUUAGCCGUCUUGGCCUCUGCUUGAGUAUUUUUAACCUUUUUGCUGUGCUAAGCUGCCUGGGGCUGAAGUGUCAGUGGGCACUGGGGAAUGCAGCCUCUCACUGCUUUGCCAAGCCCAGGAUUUCAGGAUCAGUGUCUCUAAUCCCUGCAUCCUGAAAUACCUUCUUGUGCCAGCAGUGUGUUUUGAAAAUUUGAGUGCCCACAGGUUUAAGCAGGGGAAGGAGCUGCCUUGGCCACAGGGACUGGAUGCACUGCUGGCAUCUGUACCUGAUCCUGCUGGCCCUGGCAGGUCCCUCAGUCAGCAGGGUGAGAUGAGAGGUCCCUGUGCUGGGGGAUGCUCUCUCCCACACUGGAACUCAAGAGAGAAAUGCUCCAUGGUUGCUGUCAGGUCUGACCCCCUUGUUUUCUCCUGCCAGUCCAGCCUGUCCUGGCACAAUGGGUCUCAGUUAAUGAGGAGCAGGCAUGGCUGAGUUUCUGGAUGGUGACUGACUGUGUGUCCAUCCCUCUGAGCUCUCUGCAGAGCUGGCUGUGCCCUGUGCUCACCAGGUGAGCUCUGCAGUUGGUGACCCACUGCUGGUUCUGCUCCCUGGCAUUCCCUGCUGUCUCUCCUCCUGGCACAAGGGAUCCAGUUGUUCACCUCUUGCCACCCUGAAUAGAGGAGCUGAGCCUGAAUACCAUCUCUGGUGUCCUUCUGUAACAUUGCCUUGGUGGGCUCAGCCAGGUCUGCAGGACAGGGGCAGAACAGAAAUGCCAUCCUCUCCUGGUGCUGGAGUGGCUUUUAGGGUAAGGACCCUUCCAUGUCCUGCCUAAAGUCAGCAUUUAGUUCUUUAUUUUAGGUGAGGAGGAGUCCAGCUGAGCUGUCAUGAUGUGCUGCUCUCAUGCAGCAUUUCAUGGUUGCACUUUUCAAGUUGCUUCUCUUGUUUGCCUGGGGUUACUUCUCCUGGUUCCUUUGUGGGGUCAGUGGUAGGUGUCCCAUAGCUGGCCCUGAGGCUGCUGCCACAUCACCAACUCUGUGUGUGGAAAUGCCAGUGAGGAGAAGGGGUUUUUGCCUGGCUGGAGAGGGCCUUGCCCAGGGGAUGCUGGUGACAAUUUCCUAUGGAGGAGAGGGAGUCACUUCUCCCUGCUCCAACCACUGGGACCUCUGGGCUGCAGGAGCAUCAGUGGUUUUGUUUUACAAAGAGGAGUUGGGGACUGAUAGGAGAGGUUUUGAAGUCUGCUUGCUGUGGCCCUGUCCCCUGGGGAUGAGCACAACCAGGGCACAGCAUCCACCUGUUCUGAGCCACCUCACCCUGAGCUCCACAGCCUCAGGUCAGGGCUGGUGGUGUCCUACAGAAACAUGGUUUGCUGCUCUCUGCCUCCUCUUUGCUUUCUUCUAGUGCCCUGCUGCUGCCAUGUGUUACUUCUUGAUGGCUUGGGACUUCUCCCUCUACAAAUCCAAAUUCUAGGAGGCAAGAACCGUGCAAGAGCAGGUGGAGGGAAGCUCGUGUUGCCCAGUGAAAGCAUUUGUGCAAAAUGCUCUCACUGCUCAAACUCUUUUCUCACUUUCCCUUCACCAUACCUACUUAAUGACUCUCAGAACACUUAAUUGAAGUCUGGGGUGUUUUCCCUCUGCACAUUUUUUCUGCUGUAUCUGUUUUAGCCUUUGAUUUGAGUUGUCAGCCCUGUGGGGUGUCACACCUGGCUGUGUGCAUGUGGUGAUACAUGUUUAUUCUCAGAGCAGCACCAGGGAGGAGGCAGUGUGCUGGCAGGGAUUGGAAUGUGGUUCUUCUUUUCCUUUGUUUUUUACUCCAGAAGGUUCAUCAGUACAGGACCUUGCUGUGGGUGCUCCUGUGAGCCUGUGUCACACAGCCCAGUGUCACAGCCAGUGACACGGAUGCCACUGGGACGGGACUGAUGCUGUCACUGAGGGAUCUUUGUCCCAGGGGCAGAAAGUUGUGUCCUCCCAGUUGUUUUACACUGAUCAGGAGCAGCAGAAAGCAGUGAGGGGGGAUAUCUGUCUGUCCAAGCAGAGCCACUGUGUUAGGGUGGAGCAUUUGGGGUGUGGGCAACGCUUCACCUCCUUGCCAGCAGCCCACAAAUUCCCACCUUAGACUCUAUCAGUCUAUUAAUUCUCAGGCAGUGAAGCUAAAAAAAGCUUUUUCUGACAACCUCCAUCUGUGCACUCCCACUUUAAAAAAUAAGAUUUAAAUACAAUUUGCACAACUGUAAUAGAUUUAGAUGUAGCAGAGAAGCCAUUUGCAAAUGAGCAAACCUGCAGGAGGCCUUGACCAGUACAACCUCCCUGAGGUCUGUGGAGGGAGGGGAAGCCUUCCUGUGUGGGGCAGAGCUGAGCAGGGAGCCUUGGUGUGCUGCAAUAAUGUGGAUGCUGGCUGAUGCCCUCAGUGCUGUUGGGUAAUGCUCUGUUUUAUGUGGUUUGGGAUUUUUUUUGUUGUUGGUUUUUUAGAUACACGUAACACUCAUCUCUUUUUUCAGGACCGAAUCAUCAAUCUAGUUGUUGGUGGCUUAACAACCUUGCUGCUUGUAGUCACUCUAAUCAGUGCUUUUGUCUUCCCACAACUACCUCCAAAACCUGUGAAUGUAUUUUUUGCUUUCUGCAUCUCCUUGUGUUGCAUUUCUGCUGGCAUUCUUAUCUACUGGUAUCGACAAGGAGACCUGGAACCCAAAUUUAGAAAUCUAAUUUACUACAUAUUGUUUUCUAUUGUCAUGUUAUGUAUAUGUGCCAACCUGUACUUCCAUGAAGUGGGUAAAUGAAGGACAUUGGAAUACCCAGCAAUGAUGCUGCUGUGUCAGAACUGCUUCCAGCUCAGCUCUCAGCUCCACUCGAGACAUCCAAGUGAGAACCAUCAGCCUGAGAGGAAAGAAGUGGGUUGUGCAAGGAUAAAUCAGUACAUGAUUUUCAUGUAAAUGUAUAUGUAAUGUCCCUCUUGUUGGGGAGAAUUAUUGCCAUAAGACGUGACAUUCUGCUUUUUUUUGAAGAGCUACUGUUGCGCUUAAUGAACAUUCCAGUUGUACUGAUGUUUCAGAAUGGCACAAGCUUUUUCAUUUUGGAAAAAAACUGCACUUUUUUUAUUACUGUACAAAUAAACUGCAGCACUGAAAGGAUCUGUGGCAGUAUAAAUAAAUGGCAUCUUACAGUCAAGUAAGACAAAUACUCUUUAUUUUGUUGAAACUGAAUAUACAAUUAUUUCUGUUCCCUAGGCAACCAUUUAAAACUACAACUUAUUUUUCACAUUAACAAAACCACAGACUGAAAAAGACCAACUCUUGAUUAUGAAGAGCUAAUUACAGAAAUAAAUAAAAUAAUUUAUACAA